GAGAUGAUAGCCGACAACGACGACCUCCUUAACGAAAUUCUUCUCCACCUGCCCAUCAAGUCCUUGAUCAAGUUCAAGUCCGUCUCCAAACACUGGCUCUCCCUCAUUUCGGACCCCAACUUCUCUCGCCGCCGCAAUCCUAGUUUCCCCACCUCUGCCUCGGCCAUCUUCUUCCGCAUUUACUCAGAAUCAGGAAGGGCAAGACCCGAAUACAACUUCAUCGAUCUUAGCCAUAAUUCCAACCCCUCUCGCCCACCUUUUCGGUCUCUCACCUUCGUCGACAACAAGCCCGGAAUCGGAAUCUGCCACUCGUGUAACGGAUUGCUUUUGUGUUGCGCUUCUAGUCCUAAUAGAGAGAGAAGAGAAUAUUAUGUUUACAAUCCCACCACAAAGCAGUAUACAAUACUUCCUCCUCUGAUAUUUCCCAGAGGCAAUUCCAGGGCUGUUAUAAAAGGUUUAACUCUAGCCUUUGAUCCUUCAAAAUCUCCCCAUUACAAAGUUGUCUGCGUAAGGAACUCCGACGCUCAACGGGGUCAGUUUCAGGUCGAGAUUUAUUCGUCUGAAACCGGCCCUUGGAGACUCUGUAGUAACCUAGGCUCUUUCCCGGCGCAGUUCAGUACUCAAUUCAAUGACGGGGUUUUCUGGAACGGCGCUGUUCAUUGGUUUUGUCCUUCGGGGACUUCUUUGUACUUCAAAGUCGACGAAGAGCGACUCGGGGAAAUACCAAUGCUUCCGGUCCCGGAUGAUUUCGACCCUCUCAAUAGGAUGUUAGCCUACUUCGGAGAGUCCCGGGACCAUUUGCAUUUCGUCGAUCACAUACACGAGUCCGGAGAAGUUCGCCUCAACGUGUAUGAAAUGGAACGGGACUAUUCUGGAUGGUUUGUUAAGUACCGGGUCGACCUUUCUCGGGUUUCGACGGCGUUCCCGGAGUUGAUUCCGAGCUCUCUCUUUGACCAACUGACUUCGCAAAUGCAAUACCAUCUCUUCUCUGUCCUUUGCGUCGUUCGGGUAUUGCGAUACAACUUCGAGAGUACAACUCUUUACAAUCUCCGUGAUACUGUGCCUGCAGGCAUGGAGACUAUUUUGCACAUGUCUUUAGUGGGGUAUGUUCAUCAGUACAUCGAGAGUCUUGCUUGUGUUUGA